AUGGAAUAUCAAUCAUCAACGAUAAGACGAACACGUAAACGUGAUUUCAACUCUCUACCAGAAAAAGUUUUACUAUCAGUAUUUUCCUAUUUACCACAUCUACAAUUAUUACGUUGUGCACGUGUUUGUCGUUUAUGGCGUGGUUUAAGUCAAAAUUCAAAAUUAUGGAAACAAGUUUUUCUUCGUCCCGAACAUCACGGUUUACAUGUGAAAAAUCUCGAUCAAUUUGUUCCUUUAAUUGGUCAUCGUUUUGCUCUAUCAUUACAAUUUAUCGAAUUACCAAUGGAAUUAAUAACAUCUGAUGUUUUACAUGAAUUAGCCAAUAAAUGUCCGAAUUUAAAAUAUUUAACAUUAGAUUUUUCAACAGCUAUGCAGCUACAUGAUUUUAAUGAUUUAAAUAUGUUUCCGUGCAAUCUUAAAGCGCUUUGCAUCUGUUUGUCAGAAGUUAUUUUUCUUGAAGGCUUUAUGAGACGUAUCUAUACAUAUUUAUCAUCAUUAGAAGUGUUACAAAUUAUUGGUACUAUUGAGAAAUCAACUGAAGCUGAAGAAGAAGUUUAUGAAACAAUUAAUAUUAGUAAAAUAAAAGUUCAAACACCUAAUCUUCGAGUCAUCAAUUUAUAUGGUAUUUUUUUUAUUGAUGAUAAUCAUAUAGAAACUAUUGCAUCUGGUUGUAUUCAUUUGGAGUGUUUUGCAUUAAAUUUUUGUACACGUGUCAAAGGUACAAGUUUUAAAAAUUUAUUACAACGUUGUAGAAAACUGCAAUGUCUUCUACUUCAAAAUACUGCUAUUGAAGAUAACUAUAUGUUAGCAGCUGAUUGGGCAACAUCUUCUGUUAGUGAACUGGAUAUAUCAUCUACUGAUUUAUCAGAACAAUGUCUAUUAGAUGUUUUUGCACGAAUGCCUAAAUUAACUUACUUAGCAGUACCUAAUUGUGAUGGAUUUACCGACCAGGUUCUUGAUCUACUUAUUGAUCAAGGCAAAUUAUCUCAUAUUCGUGCUAUCGAUUUAAGCGAUACGGUUAAUCUUAAUUUUGAAGUUGUAGCAACAUUUAUUAAACGACAUGGGCGACAAUUACGUGGCAUAUCCUAUUAUGGUAAUCCAAAAGUAAGCGAACAAUUUUGGACUAAUGCAAUAAAAAAUAUGAAAAAUGUCAAAAUUGUAGUUAUUGGUACUUCAUUCGGUUGGUUUAAGAAAAUAUCUACGCGUAUUCAUAUUGAUCAAAUAUUAGAAUCAUGUGCACAAGAAUGUCAAAAUUUAGAACGCUUAGAAAUUCAAUGGGACCAAGAAACUUUAAGAUGGAAUGAAAAUAGUUCGAAAUUUAUUGAUCACAUUCGAAUUCGUUGUGUGAAGCUCAAUUCAUUAGUAUUAUCCGAUGGUGAAUAUUAUGAACUUGUACGAUCAAAUUUUGAACGAGCUGAUCGUCAACGUGUUGUACGUACAGCGACUAGUGACCAGACCAGUAUUGUCAGUUUACUUAAAUAUUAUAAUGAUUUACGUUUCAAUUAA